AUGAGUAAGAUGACGAGAUACGCGGAGGCGAAAUCGGUGAAGGUGGACAACUGGGGGGUGUUCUUCCUGCAGAAACUGCAAAACUUCUUCAACAAAACCGACCACUGCGAUUUGACGCUGCAGUUCAACGACAACUCCCAGCUGAAGGUGCAUCGCCUGGUGCUCUCGGCCUGCACGGACUAUUUCAACCAUCUGGAAAACGUGUGCGAAAUGUACGAGGACGUGCUGAUUAUGCCGAUGGACCUGCAGGCGGACGUGAUCGUGCCGAUCGUGAACUUCAUGUACACGGGAACGCUCGAGUUUCAGUACAACAUGUACGAUCGCCUGUUGAAAACGGCCACAGAUAUGAACAUGACCGUGCUGCUGAAGCUGCUCGAGGCCCAUCGACAAACCUCGCGCGUCGCCAAACAGCCGGUGUUGCUGAACAAACAGGCACCCCGUCCCCGGCCGGUGCACAUGUACCAAGGAGCGACGCAGCGAAAUGCACCCGCAAUGCGGGGCGGUAUGAUGGGGGCGAGACCACGGUUACCGCUGGUGCGCCAACCGGUGCACUCGUACGGCAAUAGCAAAGCCAUCGAUCCGGCGCAGGUUGUUUCCAAGUACAGCCACACGAAGGACGCGAAAUCGGGUCCGUCCCGGUUCGACGCGGUCGAAAUGGCGGAAGGGUUCGAAGGUUCCUUCGAUGGGAUCACGUACGAAAGCAAACCGCUGCUAACGGCGGAUCAAGUGAAGAAGGAAGAAGAAACGUCACCGUUCGAAAAGCUGCGCAAAGGCUACACCAACGCGAACGUCGUGAAACGCGCCUCUAGCGGGUCGAUAACGUCUCCACCGGCCAAAAAGCCAAACCUGGACGAGGUGAAAGAAUUCACCGAAGCGGCCCGCUUGCGCAGCCAGCUGGCAACGGACGAUGACGAGUCGGCGGACUACGUCGAUGACGAUACGCACUUUAACGACGAUGACGACGAGGAUUACCACCCACCGGCUUCGGUAAAGGCGGCCUUGGCCAAGGCCAACAACCAAGCGGCGACCAAACAAAUCGUCAUCAAGCAGGAAUCGAAAUCACCCGGCUCGUCGGGCGUGCUGAAGCAAAUCACCGUAAAGGACGACUCCGGUAACGUGGACCACGCGAAGAUCAUUUCGGAGGUGCUGAAGAAGUACCCGCAUCUUGUGAAGAAGAACAAAAAUAUUAAACUGAAAAUUAUGCAAAAACCCAGUACCAGUGGCGCUUCCGCUGCGUCUGGCAGCUCACCAAGCACGUCGUCGGGUGGCGCUGGGGCGAAGAUGGAAAUACGCACCGCAACGCCCUUGAAGCAGGACAUGUCGAUGGUGCGCCGAGCGACGGCCAACAUUCGCAACGAGCCAACCAAAUCGUCACCAUCAUCGGCAGCGACGACACCGGGAACAUCGGCGACACCGAAACCAACCGGUACACCGAAAACGAUCGACGCGAAGACGAUGCACGCGUUGAUUGCGAAGGGUGCGGAAAACAUGACCGGACCGUGGUUGUGCCUGCGCUGUGGCAUUAAUGGGCGUCCGAUCAGCAUUCCCAGCUAUAAGGCCUUCCGCAACCAUCUGAUCGUGAAGCACAAGGAGCGUAUCGAUUCGCGCAUUUGCGAGCACUGCGGCUGGAAGGCGGAACAGCGCAAUCCGCACCUGCUGUACCACUGGCUCACUGAGCACGGCAUCAAAUCGCAAAUUAAAUUCCCGACCUGUGACGAGUGCGGCCACGUAGCCAUGACUGUGGACGAUCUGCACAAACACGAGGACGAGAACCACACGCGGGGCGACCUGCAGCAGUGCAUCUACUGCAACAAGGUGUUCGCGAAGGAGAUGGAACUGUACGACCAUAUGAAGGCGCAACAUCGGGACAGGGCCAUCGCGGACGGUGUGCUUGAAUUUACCGACGACGAAGACUACCAGACGGAGGAGGAGACAUCAUCGCCUCAGGCCAAACCAUCCACCUCGACGAGUGGCGGCGAUGGCAAGAUAAAGAUACUCUCGAACAUCACGCUUCCACCGACGAAGGGCAGCAGCAGCGCCGCUGUGCGACAGAUCACGCUCGAACCGUCCUCGGAAGCGGAAGCGUUGAGCAAUGUGGCGUCCGGUAUCGCAACAAGCCUGGGACUAGUCGAGGAUCCCGGAGUCAUGAUCGAUGAUCCGAACUUCCAGAGCCAGUUCAUCGAAGCGGAGCUGGCUAGCGUACACGGCGAGAAUGCAAGCUCGGUUACGCAAGGGACGAGCGGUUCGACCGAACCCGGCAUGCCCAAGCUGGUGACCGCGGACGGAACCGAGCUCAAGCUCACGCAAUCGCAGAAGGACGAAAUUAUCUCGCAACUGCAGAGCACUGGAAACGGCAAUGAAGUGGUGAUGGUGCUGAAUGAGGAUAACUUUACCGUCGAAUCCACGUUGCAGUUAGCCGACGGAGUACAGAUUGUCGACGCCGCCUCCCAGAACAUAAUGCUGAUGUACGGUAAUCCGGACGCGGCGUCGGAAAACAACGACAGCCACAAGUCGGACUCGAAGGCGGACGUGACGGCUUCGGAGGACGAGAACUCGCAGGCAUCGGUUUCGUUGUCGGAAGACAAAGCAGCCUUGGCUGAAGGCAAGCAACCGUCACUGGGCGAAGGGGAAGAAAGCCAAGAGUCGCGCAAAACGGAUGUAACCGACAAGCCGGACGAAGAGGAAGGCAACACAACCGACGAUGUGGACAUGUCCGGCGAUGUGACGUCCGAGACGAACGAAACGCUACAACAAGCUGUUCGCGAGGAAAUGAUGGAUGUGGAUGACGGGUCCAAAGGAGCCGAUACGUCUGUGGAAGCGGGGAAAGAAACGGCAGAAGAAUCGGAAGAACGCCAACAGACGGAUAAACUCAAGCUGAUAUCCGAACUGGAAGGUGAUUGGUCGGAGGAUACCGCCGAGGAGCAACCGUCGACUACGGCCGCGUCCAAGGAGUCGGAAAAAUCGGCGAAAAAACCAGCAACCGACAAGCGAUCGCCUGUUCAGGCUAAGGUGGCUGCCAAAGCGGAACCCACAAAGAAACCCUUGGAUUCUGCGAGUAAAAAGAAAGCGGCGAAUGAGCAGAACGAUCAAAAGAAAGCUGCCAGCGAUAAGCUCGCGGAAAAAGAGAUCGAUACGCUUUUAGAUGAUUGGACUAACGAAACGGUGAAAGCGGAGUGUUCCGAUACCGAAACCGAUCUAGAAAAGAAAAUGGAAAAAGUAACCGCCGGUGCGGACGAAGAAGGCACGACCCGCGAGAGUAACAGCAACCCGAGUAUAAAGAAAGAGAAACAGGAUGCAUCAGUUGAGAAAAAUGUCCCGGUGCCUUCUGCGGAAGCAGAUGUCGGAAAAAAAUCUACUGCUAAAACCGCUGCACCAAGCAAAGAAGCCGAUUCAAAGGAGAAGAAAAAUGGAACAAAACCGGCAGAAGUAAAACGAAGGAAAGCGGACGCCAGCGAGCCAGAAGAUGAAGAUGAAGAUGAAGAGCUCGACGAUGAGGAUAAGGACAAAUCAACCUCCAAGUCGAAAGAAGUAAGCUCACUGUUAGGUGAAUGGGAUGAAGAUGACGACCUUUAAAGGGACUUUGCAGACGAAAGGGAACAGGUUUAGUAGGUAACCUGUGUUUUCGUUGGUGUAAAGCAUAAGUUUAUUUUAUAUUAUUAAGCUAAAAAGUAUGAAGCAAGAAUAGGAAAUGUGUUUUUUUGGAAAGCCGUACAGGCACGUAUCUGUAAAAUGUUCACCUUUUCAGUUUUAUAUAAGAUUGAAUUGAACUGUUUUAUAUUUUACUAUCGAAUCGCCCCUCAACCUAAAAGCUGAGAUCAAAGCGUAUUUCACUAAGUCUACAUUAGAGUUUAGAGCAACUGCGCAUUCUUGAAUAGUUCAACAUAAUUGUGCAUUCUUAUUAGUAAUCACGCAGAAAAUAAUUGCAGCUGUACUCGCGCGUCUUUAUGUCUCGUUUUAUUUUUGAAUAUAAUGAUUUGAAUUUUAAGAUACACUUCAAGUUUAUAUCGUGUGAGUGGAUAGUAAAAGAUGCAAUAAAAUCUAUU